UCCCGCCUCCCCCCGCUCUCCCUCCGCCCCCCUCCUUCCAUGCCCUGGACGUAGAGAUCCGGAAAUUACUGAUGCUUGCCGGGUUGACCCAAGCGGAGCUCCUCAAAAUCAGUCCGGAGCUCGGUAACUGUGUCGGAGGGUUAGAGGAAGAGGCAGAUGAUGACAACCUUAUGUCUAGAUGUGAAUACACAAUAGAAGACAGGGAGGAUGACAAGCAAUCUGACAGUGGGCUUAUUGAUAGUUUGUGCUACAGGAGCGUAUUAGAUGGAGAGUCGGAAGAUAACGAAAGGAAAGAGGAGAGAAAGGAAACCCAAAAAACAACAUCGUUUAGCGAAAUGGCGAGAAGGAGGAGGAGGAACACUGCUUACGUGUCUGCGCCAUAUUACAGCACUGGUUUGAGCAAUACAAGUAAUCCAAAAGAAGAUGAUUAUGACAUGAUAUUACAUUACGCCUCCCAAAGACCGAGUUCACCACCUCCUCCUCCCCCGCCGCGACCUUUACCCCCUAUACCCUCAUCCGCCCCUCCGAAAAUCAGCACCCUUCCAGCCAACUCCACAAAACCCGAGCGUUUCGACUGGCUAAUUGCGUUCACGCCGGAUUCAGACGCCCCGCCGAAAGCCCCGCACUUUGAGAUGAGAAAACGAGCAGUAGAGACCCCAAAGAAAUCCAGUUCUUCAUCACUGGAGUCUUCAUCGACAGGGUCCGCUCCGAAAACCACAACUUUCAAAGAACUUCGAAAUCGCAAGUCGAGCUUGCUGCCAACUAAAGUUAUCACCGAUCCCGAUCCCGAUCCCAAUAUUAUAACGCCCGAUCCAGACUUACUGUACAACCUCAAGUGGAGGAGGGACAAAGCUGGAGAUGGGACCCAAUGGGAGUACACGUCCCAAGCGCAGGCCCUGUUCAUGCAGCCUCCACCCGCGCUAACCUCCAUGGCCGCGCUGCAAGAAAUGCUGCAAAGAGCCGAAGAGGAGAACGGGAAAUCAGAAUUGUCUCCGUCGCAGAAUAAGCUGGGAUACUCAGUCAGUGACAGCAGUCUGUGGAACCUGGGUGCACAGUGGGAGCGUGAAGAAGGGAAGAUGGAGGAGGAGAGGAAAGAAGGAGGAGAGGUGGAGGUGAGAGGCCAAGCAGACGGGGAAAGAACCACUGAAUUGAGAACAUCAGCCUCCUCGCCCUCUCCUCUACCCCACCCUCGCUCUUCCCCUCCCUACUUCCUCCACUCUGCAGACCAAUCCCUCUAUCCUAACUUUGGUAACCCCUUUUUGGAUGCCAGACCUCGCAACCCCGUAGGACGAAAAGCACCGUCGAAUCCGCACAUGGGUGUUUGGAAUAACGCACCUAGUUCAGAUUGUGUUUACAGACACGAUAUCAGUACUGACACAAAUUCUGAAUACCUGGAAGAUUUUGGCAUAGAUUCAAUUUGUGAUUAUAGGGAUUACGAGUUGGAAAAUACACAAUCAGUAUACAAACAGACUCACGAUCCAAAAUCUAUUGAAUCGACAAACAAUCUGGACUCGUUGUAUUGCAGUAAUUCAGUCAAACAGAGCACACCCGGAGCCCCGACUUGUCCAACCCCGUACAAGAAUAUAGACGCCAUUAUGCGCUACAACAACUCCAGUGAAUUCGAAAAACGUCAGCUUUCGCACAGAGAUAAAGCUUUUAAGGAGCUCCCCCCUCUUCCAGCCUUUUACCUGUACCACCCUAAAAACUGCCCCCUGCACCGCGGCGCUCCCCCUCGCCUCUCACCCAUAGGCGCCCUCUCCCCGCCUCAGCGUUCCGGGAUCCCACCGCAUUCAGGCCUAAGCUCUCCGCUGUUCCCACGCUCGCACACCCUCCCCGCCCUGGCUGCCCCACUCUACUACCCCAAUCUGUACCCAACCCUCCAGUCCCGAGCACCCCCAUUACCCCCCAAACUCUACCAGGAGCGGUCACAUGUGGCGACUGUCCGCAGUGUGUCGUUCGCUGGCCACAGAGCAGAGCCGUGGAUGGACCAUGAUGUCAGAGCUCCAGUGAGAGGGCUGGGCCUGUCCCCUCAGACCCUACAGGAGAAAAGAGCUUUGGUCAGCGCGGUCAGUGUGGCAGUGGAAGCCAUCUUGGCACAAUUUAGCACUUCUCGGACCAUUGUGCAGAAGGCGUUAUCGGGAGACAGCACUGUAAAUCCGUCUCUGGGCCGCCUGGUGCUGCAGUGCCUGUGCCCCGCCCUGCACAGCCUGCUGACGGACGGCCUCAAACCCCAUCAGAGUGACCUCAUCGCGGGCAGGAGGCCAAACAACGCCUGGGGCCUGGUUCAAGCAUCAACACGGCCAGGCUCUAAAACACAAGCUCUUUUUAACCUACAAACCCGAGUCGGGGAUCUGCCUCAGCUCAAGCAGAGCAAACACCGCUUCAAUGCAUUUAUCCUUGGCCUACUUAACAUCAAACAUCUAGACUUUUGGGUGUCUCAUCUUCACACUAGCAGUGAUGUAUUGGAGACAUAUUACCACCCGUCAUCAUUCAUGCGCCUGUCUCUGAGCGCCUGUCACCACCAGUUUGAGGAGCUGCUUCUGGUGCUUCAACCGCUGAGUCUGCUGACCUUUAACCUCGACCUGCUCUUCCAGCACCAUCACGUAGACCCCCACCCCCCGAAGACCUCCAGUGUAGCGGGCCAGGAUGCGGCGCCACAGGUCUCAAAUCAAACCGGUGAGGCGAAGAAAUCUGAGGAGAAAUACAUGGAGUCGCUCUCAGAAGAAGAUAUUGAAAGUGGAGAAUGCAGGAACGAUACUACGCCCACUCCAAAGACGGAAGACAACAGUGCUACAAAGGAGGAGAGUUUAUUAGAGACCAGUCCUCAGCUGCGAUGGGUGAAAGAAAAGGAAAUCAGCUCUCUACCGCCCCCUAACAUCGAAGAGGACAGUCUGGCACAACAGGCUGGACAGGUGAUCCAGCAGGGAUGGGAGGUGAUGGUUCGCUGGGGAGGUCGACUCAGUCAGAAUCUGUCUGAGAUGAGUGCGGCUACAGCGAAGAAGGAGGAGCUAAAGACCGAACAUCUCCAGACUCAGAGUGACUUUGUCCCGGUCAGCAGCAGCAGCAACAGCGACAGCAGCGGUGGUGGAGGGGUGCAGAUGCCCUGGGGUCUGGACCGCCUGUUUGGGGCCCCGAAAUCCUUAACCAGUCCUGGUACUCACCCAGGUCCAACCAGGCGGCCCUCUCAGUGGCUAGCUCCUGGUGUGAGCGUGUUGACGAGGAUGGUGAGCAGCAGCACCGCUCCCAUGUUAAAGAAAAUGUCCGAGCCCAAAGAGGAGACUUCAGCUGAGACGCAGGAGGAGGCUGAAGCUGUGGAGACGAAGGACCAGCCCAGACCGCUCAGGUCAGUGCGAACAUUGUGCGACCACAGAGGCACCGGCUCCGAGCUCACUUUCAGUAAAGGCGAGGAGCUGCAGGUUUUGGGAGGCGUGGACCAAGACUGGAUUCGCUGUCGCCGCGGAAACACAGAGGGACUGGUACCGAUCGGCUACACCUCUCUGAUCAUGUGACUUCAACAACUGCUGCACUUAAUCAACAAUAAAAAGAAAAGACUUUAUUGACCCACUAUGAGUAAGGGAUAUGGAAACACCAGCUUGGUUGGAGUUUGAGUUGAGUGCAUCGCACCAUCUGUUCCAAGUUUAUACGCGUCAAGAACUGGCUGCAGCCUGAUCUCCUGUUACAAACAUAUGGGGUUUUUCUAUCACGAUCCAUCCAGUUUGGUCACAUUAAUCUAAUGGGUUUUAGCAGUACGGGAGAGCAGAUGGUGUGAAAUGAUCACUCGAGUUGAAUUCCUUCCAUAUCACACUGGAAGACAUUAUCCUUCUUUAGUAUCAGGCUCCCUUAGAUCACAGCCUUUUGGGAGUCAAAAUAAUUCAAAUAACUCACGUCUGAAAUAGUGGGCCUUUUCUUUGUAAACUAUUAUGAAAUCUAGCGUAUUGUUGAUGUGUUGAUCAAUGUUAUCUUGACUUCCCAAGUCAGUGGCUGCACUCACACUUUGGUCCUUGUAUAGUCCUGGUUUGAGCCUGGUUGAGUCCUGAUGUAGACUUGGUUUGGUUUUGUUCUCCCAGUCCAGGUUUAGUCCAAGUUUAGUCCAAGUUUAGUCCCAGUUUUAAAGUGUGAACGCAGCCAUUUGUGACCUCUUGAUUCCAUUGCCUGGUUCAUGUGUGUUUGACCUGUAUUUGACUGUAUAAAGAAAUAUACAUAUUAUAUAGAAUAUACAUAGAUAUACAGUAUAACUACAAAAAACAUUAUUUACCAAGAUAGUCAGAAAGCAGCUUAAAAUCGCAACUAUGUUUAAGGUGCACUAUGUAACUUUUCUGGUGAAGGGCCCGUGAUUUGCUUGUCUCCAUGGAGAUGUUGUUGCUGUGCCUGAAAUGUUGCACAGUAUGGCAUUAAACUCGUCCAACUCCCUGGAGACAAGCAAGUGAUGCCAUUAGGUGAAGUUACAGGUCAGAUUUUUGGACAGCUGAGCUCAGUCACAAUGAUAAUGCAUGUUUUUCAAGUCAACUUCUUUUGCACUAAAAACACCUGUAAUAAAAAAAAAAAAAGUAAUUAUAAGUUUAAUGGCAAAACUAAGGAACAUUCCAGGCAAACUGAUAGCAUCCCCAUGGCAGACUCUCCACCAGAAAAGCUACACAGUGCACCUUUAAGUUAGUUGUUUUAUCUGCAACUUUACAAGUGAAUUAUAUUGACAUAUGGAAACAUUUAUCGUCCAUCUUGUACGCCAUCAUACCAUAUUGUUAGAUUCUGCCUCAUAACUUCCACUGUAUGCUUUGUAAUGUGCCCGAGUGCUUUGAAUGAAUGCCAGACACAUAUAAAAAAGAGAUCUACCCUCCCACGUAGGAACCAACAGCAAUCUGUAGCCAAUCAUUCUACCCUCAUUGUCCAACGUGGGUUAAAUUUAUGCCCCAUAAAACUCUACUUGCUCUUGUUAAACACUAUAUAAAGUUGAACAGAGUAGGCUCGCCCAUAUGACUGUUUGUGCUGUGUGAAGUCUGUAACAUUGUUGGCUGACUAUAUCCUCAUUCUUCUCCAUCUUUGCCUCAUUAUCAUAGCUCGUAAUGCUAGUGAUUCGGUGGAUGUGAUGUUGUGAAUCUAGUGUGAACUACAAAUCAUACAAAUAUUGCUUUAAAGCCCUACUGCGGAACACCCAAGAAAAAAAAACAACAAACUGAAGUACAAGCAUAUAAAUCUCUAUGGGUUAUUUGUUUUGUUUUUUCUUGGUGAAAAAGACAUUGGAAAACAUGUCUCUUUAAUGUGAGCAGGCUUUCCUCUCCACAGUCUUGACUCGUAAUGGUGUUACUGCUUGUCUCCACGGCAACGCUGCUGCUGCUUUGGCGCACAGUAUAACGCUGCUGACAUCAAGAACUUUAAAUUAUCGACUGUGGCAUUGAGCAUUGUCAUUGUGAAGUUGAGUAAUGGGAGUAGUCCGGUAUCGCUUGGUAUCAACAUUUAACAGUUUAACCUUUUGUUACUAGGGGAACGCAACCCGAAAUCUUCCGCAAUAUGACUUUAACAUGACAUGAUGACAUUUCUUCAUUAUAUUAUGCCAUAAGGACUAUGCAUACGCGCCAUGCUUUUGUUUUACUCAUGUUUUAUUUGCGUGCAUGUUCACACAAACCUACUCAGCUGAUGCAGAAAUGUCGGUCUUAAAAGGCAGGCGUAGGAGGACCUCUUUAAGUUAUCAGGUUAACGAUAAAAUGUAUUUAAAAUCAGGGAAAAUUAAGCUUCUUCAAAGAUUCCUCAUGUUAUGUUGAUGUAGCAUGAGAUUCAGUCAAGUAGCAUCAAACCCCUGAGCGUUAUAAUGAAAAAAAUGCAUCUUCACUGUCAUUGAAAGACAAAAUAAUAGAUAUACAGGUAGUUAAGAUGAAGCUAAAACCUGAGUUAUUUUUGUGUAUAUUCCAAAUGUGAGAUAUGAAAUACAAUAGUUAAUUUAUUGGAUGUAAUAUUUAUUGAAUCUCGAAUGAAAGAGUGCUUUAAGUUGCUAUGUUUUUGUGGGGUGAAAGCAGAGAUGGGGGCCUAGUGCAAUGCAGACUGCACACCCUGCACUUUCACUGUGUGUGAGUGUGUGUUCAAAUGUAAAAAUAACUUCUAUCUCUCCCUCUUCUCCUUCUCUUUGGUAUUGUGCUCUCUGUUAUAGCUGUCCCAGUUCUCCAGACCCUAAACUAUUGCAUAAGGUUGUAUCCCUCUAGUGUUAGUCACCAUCCUCUGCCUGCAUGUGCUUGUUUGUAAAUACACCCAAUAAAACAAGUGAAAACCAACGAAAUGUCAAUGCGUUUAAUUGGGAUGAUGGAGUUAGUUUCUAUAGUGUUGGUCUAGUACUCAGUAUUAAGUAAAUAAAAGUAAAAAUGAAUCUAAACUAGUUUCAACCGCUCUCUUUCACUGCUUAUCUACAUUGCCCAUAAAAGGAAUUAUUAUGCUGGACUAAGAGAGCGCACAUAUCAAAUAGGACUUAUAAUCUGUUUAUUUUUGUUUUAUUACUUUGAAGAUGAUGUAACUUUUCUCAUGGUGUCAUAUACUUGCAGCUGUGGAGAUUACUUGGCCUUGAAUGCUCCACAGUAUGGCAUUGAGUUGUCUUUUUUGGAUUUAUUGAAGUACAGGCGUUUUAUCGUCAAACAAUCAACUGAAAUACAUUUAUUAAACUGUGAGAGGGUUUGCCACUCCACAGAUCUGACCUAUAACUUGGUUUACUCCACGUAGAUAGAGGAUUUAAUGCCAUACAGUGAAAUAUUCCAGGUGGAGCAAUAGCAUUUCCAUAGAGACAAGCAGGUGGAAAUUACAUAGGAAAGUGUAUAGUAUUGUAGUUAUUUUGUUUAAAUUUGUAUCCAUUAGCUCCGAUCUCCAGAAAAUAUGUAAAUUUUAACGUAUUCAAAACAAAAUCAAAGGUUAUAGGAUACAAACAUUCAUAAUUCUGCCAAACUGAUCCACCCAAAGAAACAUUUUGCACAUUUUGUCUAAGCACUAAACUAUAAAUGGCCAAGGAUAUGUAACUAUGGUGAGCUGUGAAGGACAAAAUAAGGUUGGACUGCAGCUCCCCCAUCUUGCUGCCUUUGUGAGUCAUUGCUAAAGGACAACGCAGUGUGAAACGUACAACGCGAGGCCACUAGAUAGCACUGUUUAUUCAAGUUGAUUAGGCUCACUGCAGCAUCGACAAGGCCCCAUCCACAACACAGACGCCGCGCUCGUAGACGUAAAAUGCUUUUAUUAUGUUGAUGAUGUAGAGGCUGACAUUCUCUGGCGUUAAAGGCACACUACGUAACAUUUAUACCGGAGUGUCUGCUGUCCGUUCGUAUCCCCUUGGAGAUGUUAUCGCUUUGCUCGGAAUGUUCCUCAGCGUGGCAUUCAACUUGCAUCUCGCGUCUAGUCAAAACGAUCCGAACUGUGACUGCAGCCUGUUUCCAUGGAGAUAGGUGUAGUUAGUUAAUGCCGUACUGCAGAACCUUCCGAGCAAAACAACGCCAUGUCAAUAGAGGCAAACGCGUGACAAGACACUUCGCAGGAAAAGUUACGUAGUGAAUCUUUAAAAUUGUUUCACAAUGUUUUUCAGAUGCGGAUUAUCUGAGGCGACAAGCAAAGGUUACAUGUCAUGCAAACUAGAUAAAUAUCUCUUUAGUGUACCUUUGCUGUAAAGUUAAUCAUCCACUGGCAUAUUAACAUAGUGCUCUUAGUUAAAAAAGGAAAGAAGAAAAAUAUACAUUGUGUAAACAGUCAAAGAAAUUGCACUUUUUGGCUUAGUAUCAGAAGCCACACUACAGAGAGCAGACAGACACACAGAACAGCUAGAGUCAUCACUGAUUGUCCGAACAACAACCAAAACGGGACUAAAAUGAGACAAAGUAUAUAUUUUACAAAAGAACCCAUACAAUCAUAGUCAGUAUUUAAAGAGAACUGUCCCAUAUUGGUCAGCCAUAGGUUUAAAAAAAAAAAAAAAAAAUCUAACGAAAGCUUAUGUUAAGUCCAUACAGUAUUGUUAGGUAUAUUACUAAUUACAGGCUACUGCGGACAGAAUAAAAACAGUUUGUAUGUACAUUCACAUGAAACUAGACAUUUUCUUCCACUAAAAAUGUACCAAAAUCCUACAACAAAGAAGUUAAUAUGCAGCUGUACAGAAAUGACCUUAUAUCUCAAACAAAAAUGUUACAAAGGAAGUCAUAUAGUCCUUAUUUCAGGAGAUAUUGCUUAUAGACUGCAUGAGCUCGCUUAAGUACAUAAACAACAUGGCACUUUCAAAGAGCAUUUUAGGCCAACGCUGCAAAAAAUAAGCAUCUAGACGUGGUUAAAAUGAAUUCUUAAUCUUGAUUUGAGUAGUUAAAACAUACACGAUAGGUAAGAAUCUUCCAGCUAAGGUAAUCCUGAGCAGACCUAGCUCAAGAUUCCCUACAAAGACAAUAAAGUGAACCUUAAAACUCACUGAUAUGACCCAGAUAUGUUUAUUUAAAAGGCCCAUAUUAUGCUAUUUUCUGAUCUGUUAUAAUGUUUUCUCAUCACAAACACAUCUGGAGUUGUGUUUUCUUUCAUUCACACAUGUUUAGUGCAAAAACCCUGCAUAUUUAGGCUUAGUUUUUACUUCUCUCAAACUGAAAACACGCCGUUCCACCUUGUGAUGUCAUCAUGUGGUAAUACAGGAAGUGCUCCACUGUGUUUUUAAACUCCACACACUUUCACUAGAAUCAUUUGGAUGGUUUUAAUCUACGGAAUUGCCAAU